CGUCGGAGUGCAGAGGACCGCACCAACCCGUGCGUCUGGGAUGGUCGAGCCCCCCCAGGAGAGGAUAAGUAAUUAAGCCCGAUUUGCGCAAAAGUCCGCCGUGAGAAUUUUUCUUUUUUUGAUUUCAUUGAGGAGGGAGGAUGAUCACUUCGCAGCAUCGCCCCCAUUCGUCUUGAUCCAUACAUUUGUGUAUUGGUUGUAGUCGUGUUUUUUCUUUUUUCUUUCUUUCUUCCAUUUCUACCCAUCAUCGUUUUAUUUCAGGCGCGCAAAGUCACAUCUGCGUAGGAGAGCGCCUCGCGCACUUCUUCCCCCAAAAGACAGAGACAAGAUCUCCAUUAUUCUGUUUGGAUUUAAACCGCACGACUGGCUGAAUGGGCGACCCCGCUGAAACACAGACUGUCACUGGCUCGCACCCGGUUCAUGGAAACGUGUUUUCUCUAUUGACAUGGAGUUGUGAUGUCCAAAGCCUCCCCCACUGACUAACGAACGGCGUUGUACCAUUUUGGCAUCGAGUUGAAGGCUGUGAGGACGGGGGGGAAGAUGAGACCUCCCAGCCCUCUGCUGAUCUUGCUGUACAUCACGCUGUCCAAGAGUGUGAAGGUGGUCUCUAAAAGAGGUUCAGCGGAUGGCUGUACCGACUGGUCAGUGGACUACCUGAAGUACCGGGUGCUGCAGGGCGAGCCCGUGCGGCUAAAGUGCGCCCUGUUCUACGGUUACAUCCGGGCCAACUACAGCCAGGCGCAGAGUGUGGGCCUCAGCCUCAUGUGGUACCGCAGCUCCGGCCUCGGCCACAGCGACUUCGAGGAGCCCAUCUCCUUCGACGGCUCGCGCAUGAGCAAGGAGGAGGACGCCAUCUGGUUCAGACCUGCUGACGUCCAGGAUGUCGGACUGUACUCCUGUGUCUUACGGAACUCAACGUACUGCAUGAAGGUGUCCAUGUCUCUGACCGUGGCGGAAAAUGAAACAAACCUGUGCUACAACUCCGACAUGAGAAGAAGCGAGAAGGCUGAGCUCAGCAAGAGUAAAGACAUCCUGUGUCCCGACAUAGACGACUACGUUGAACCUGGAAAAGAGCCGGACAUCAUCUGGUACAAGGAGUGCCGGCCCAAGCAGUGGCGAGCCAGCAUCAUCCAGAAGAGAGACAUUCUGACCUUCCAGGACGUGAAGGAAGACGACAUUGGGAAUUAUACCUGCGAAAUCCAGUUUGGUGGUUUUGUGGUCAGGAGGACCACUGAACUCACAGUAACUGCUCCUCUGACCGACAAGCCGCCAAAGAUCCUGUUUCCCUCGGAGAACAAGAAUAGCAAUAUGGAGCUGCAGCUAGGAAGUGCUUUGAACCUGACGUGCCGGGCGUUUUUUGGCUACAGCGGCGACGUCAGCCCGCUCAUCUACUGGAUGAAGGGGGAGAAGUUCAUAGAAGACCUGGACGAAGAGAGAGUCCAGGAGAGCGACAUCAAGUUGAUCAAGGAGCAUCUGGGAGAACAGGAAGUGGCCAUUUCCUUGACCAUUGACUCUUUGGAGGAGGAGGACCUGGGAAAUUAUUCCUGUUAUGUGGAAAAUGGAAACGGCCGUCGCCAAGCAACUAUCCAGCUCUUCAGGAGAGCAGAGCUCAUGUACACGGUGGAGCUGGCAGGAGGACUGGGAGCGAUCCUGCUGCUUCUCAUCUUCCUCAUCUCCCUCUACAAGUGCUACAAGAUCGAGCUGAUGCUUUUCUACAGGAGGCAGUUUGGCAGCGAGGACAUUGAUGGAGAAAACAAAGACUAUGACGCGUACCUGUCCUACACCAAAGUGGACCCCGACCAGUGGAGUCAGGAGACCAGGGAGGAGGAACGCUUCGCCCUGGAGAUCCUCCCUGACGUCCUGGAGAAACAUUACGGCUACAAACUCUUCAUCCCGGAUCGAGACCUCAUCCCGACAGGAAGUCUCACCAAUGAACAUUACCCGGAUGACACUCGGCUCUUUGGAGCCUACAUAGAGGAUGUGGCUCGCUGCGUGGAUCAGAGCAAACGCCUCAUUAUCGUCAUGACACCCAACUACGUGGUGCGGCGGGGCUGGAGCAUCUUUGAGCUGGAGACGCGGCUGCGCAACAUGCUGGUGACCGGCGAGAUCAAAGUCAUCCUGAUCGAGUGUGCCGAGCUGCGCGGCAUCAUGAACUACCAGGAGGUGGAGGCCCUGAAGCAUACCAUCAAAACCCUCACCGUCAUCAAGUGGCGCGGCCCCAAGAGCAACAAGCUCAACUCCAAGUUCUGGAAGCAGCUGCAGUACGAGAUGCCGUUCCGGCGCACGGUGCCCAUGCUCACCCACGAGCCGGCGCUGGACGUCAGCGAGCAGGGCGCCUUCGGAGAGCUGCAGACCGUCUCCGCCAUCUCCAUGGCAGCAGCCACGUCCACCGCCAUGGCCACCGCCCACCCGGAGCUGCGUUCCACCUUCCACAACACCUACCACACCACCAUGAGGCAGAAACACUACUACCGCAGCUACGAGUACGACUUGCCCCCCGGAGGGACCCUGCCGCCUCUCUCUUCCCUGGGGAACCAGCACACCUACUGCAACAUCCCUCUGACACUGCUGAACGGACAGAGGCCGCCCGGGAAGAGCCGAGAGCUGAGCCUGGAGGAGGCGCACGCCAACAACGCCAUGCUCCCUCUGCUGCCACGGGAAACCAGCAUCUCCAGCGUCAUCUGGUAGUGAUGGACGGGCUCUGCGUCGGCUGGAGGGGGACCGAUCAGGGUCAGACGUGGCCGGGCUCAGUCGGGGAGGGACACGGUUCACGAUUUUUGGUGAAAAGCGUUUGGGAUGCAUUUGUUGUUACCUAGCGGCGAGCAAUGGAGUCACAGCAGGUUUUUGGACCCUGCUGCGCUGGGGUUUUUUGUUUUUGUUUUUUUCCGAGCGGACAGCACCUGAGUUACAGGAGAUGUUUUCUAUGUGAAACUACAGGAGGUGUAACGAAGACACUGUUUCUUCUUCUAGUGAGAGACGGACUCGCAAGAACUCCACAUUAAAGAACCUACACUCUAUGGAAAUUGUGUACACACACACACACACACACACACACAUACAAACACACACAAAUGUGCUUACAUACAAACACAAGGAAAACAGGGUCUUGUACAUAUAUUUCAAUUUAUUUGUAGCAUCAGUGUUUUCCUGUUUUGUUCUUUUUUUUGUUUGUUUCAUUCAAUCAUGUUUAUUUGUUGCCUUCUCUAACGUAGGACUUUGCUUUAACUUGUUAGAAACGGUUGUAUAUUUUCUAUUGUUUUAUCUCUUUUUAGGUUGUUUUUUGAUUCUUCUUUCGACGCGCUUGUUUGGAAAGCCAGUGUGUCCAUGUACCUGCGCUGUUGUGUUUUUUUGUUUGUUUGUUUUUAAAUCUUUGUGUAGUUUAAGAGAACAUUUUUUAACACUUUUUGGAAUCGCCUGGACAUUUCAGGAGCUUCGAGGAGCUGAAACUUAUUUUUGUUCACCUGUAAGAGGGUGCAUCUAGGAAACUCUCUUUCGACAAAACAGAAAAAAUCAUAGAAUAUGCAAAAAGAGGAGGAGCUGGUGGAAACUCACUGUCCUGUGAGAGCGAGCAGGUGGAGCGGCUGGCGGGGGGGCAGUGCUAGUCCUCUCCAAUCAGACGGACCGACAGACUGGCAGAUCUCUCUCUAAAGCAUCAUAUUUUCUACUGAGAUGAACAGCCUUGCUGUUUUAGAGUGAUAGUGAAAUGCCUCACCUUAAAAAGAAAUCUGUAGAUUAUUUUAAAAAAGAAUUCUAUUUUUAUAACAGAAAAGAGUUUGCUUGAGAAGUCACGUUGAUUUGCAUUUCAUUGACCACGGAGCGGGGGAUAUGUGUAUAAGUGUCAUGCUGGUUUUGUAUCCUUGCAACGUGAUUCCUGAUUUGUUCAGAGAUUAAGGUGGUUUAUGAAUCCCACAUGAAAAAAUAUGCCCUCUACUGUUCUAGAUUCAAAAGUAAAGCAUUUUCAAUGUUUGUUUGUUUUUAAACAAAAUAUUAUUCCCAUCUUGAUAAUUACUUUGGUUCAUAUGGAUAGUUCAUGUUUAAGGAAAGAAAAUAAUUUGUGUUUUGAAAGACUUUUUAAAUAUAUUUGAAGGUGUGAUUUUUGAGUAUGCAUAGCAAAUAGAUAUGUAUUCUAUAUAUAA